AUGAUAAUAAUAACCAUCGAACCACCAAAAGUCUGUCUAUUCUAUUCUUUAGCAGUAGAUGCAUUCAAUAUUAGAGAUAUACUCAACUUCCACCCAUUUAAAAAGGCCGAUCAGCCAAACAGCAUACUCAUCAAACAACAAGAGAAACAAUCAUCACCAGCCUCAGCACCCAUUCGUGACGGUCUUGCCUUUUUUGGCAAGGAUCUAACCAAUGAAGAAACUGGCGUUAUCUGCGACGCCUGCAUAUGGAUCGUCAAGGAGAUUGAACAAUGCCUCGACCAGAACCAAGCUACCAUUGUCUCUACCGUAUCAACUCAAUGUGUCCUUUUAGAGACUCAACCAUUCAUCAGUGUCUGUCAAGCUAUCGUCAACAAGUUUGGUAAUGACUUGAUCGAUAUGGUCACUGACAAGAUCACUCCAGAACAAGUAUGCAAGGAUAUUAAAUUAUGUUGUGAUGACUCUUCAUCAUCCGAUGAACCAUCUACUACUGCCACCACCACCUCUACCACCACUUUACCCUCGACUACUACUACUGGUGACUCUACUACCACUACUACCACCACCGCCACUGGUGACUCCACUACCUCUACUACUACUGGUGGUUCGACUACCAUUUCUACUGGUACUACAACCAAUGCACCAAUUUCUAGUGGUUCCAUUUCCACUGCCUCUGGAACUGGUCUUCCAACCUCUGCUGGUCAUACCUCUGCCACUGGUGGUUUGGUUGAUCAUGAAGGAAAUGAAAUUUAUGAAUGGUAA